ACAAAUAUGUCCAACCAAGAUGAAAAGAGAAAGUGGAAUAAGUUUGAAAGGAUUGAUCCUAAGGAUAUUAAAGCUUUUAACGAAAAGGAUGUUUACGGUCCACAAAUAACGGAAAAGGACGGCGCGCUUUUGGAUAAACACGACAGUUUCUACAUCACAACGAAAAGUCUGCUGGUGCUAUUCCAAAUCAUGGGAGUUAUGCCCAUAAUGAGAGUACCAAAACAUGCUCAAACAACAAAGCGAACUACAUUCAAUUUCAUAUCGAAGGCAACCAUAUGGGCGUAUCUGGUAUGGAGCCUAGAAAGCAUCAUUGUAAUAAAAGUGGGCAAAGAGCGAUUCACAAAUUUUCAGCAGAGCUCUAAUAAGCGGUUCGACGAAGUUAUCUAUAACAUUAUAUUUCUGAGUAUCCUCAUCCCACACUUUCUCCUGCCGAUUGCCUCCUGGCGUCAUGGAUCUGAAGUGGCAAUUUUUAAAAAUAUGUGGACACAUUACCAGCUCAAAUACCUCAAAAUAACUGGCACGCCGAUAAUUUUUCCGAACUUAUAUUCUCUGACAUGGGGCCUGUGCAUUUUUUCCUGGGCUCUGAGUUUUGCUGUUAUUCUCUCACAAAACUACCUGCAAGAUGAUUUUGAACUGUGGCACUCAUUUGCUUACUAUCACAUCAUUGCUAUGUUGGAUGGUUUCUGUUCAUUAUGGUAUAUAAACUGCAACGCUUUUGGAACUGCUUCUAAAGGUUUGGCUGAAAAUCUUCACAAAGCACUGGAAGCUGAACAUCCGGCUCUUAAGUUGGCACAGUUCCGGCAUUUAUGGGUUGACCUGUCGCAUAUGAUGCAGCAACUAGGUCGAGCUUAUUCAAAUAUGUACGGUAUUUAUUGCAUGGUCAUCUUUUUCACAACAACCAUUUCUCUAUACGGCGCCCUCUCCGAGAUAUUAGAACAUGGAUUGAGUUAUAAGGAAAUGGGGCUGUUUGUUAUAGUGGGCUAUUGUAUGACGCUGCUUUUCAUCAUUUGCAAUGAAGCUUAUCACGCUACUAGAAAGGUUGGGUUGGAAUUCCAAAUUCGCCUGCUCAACGUAAACCUGGGCGCUAUCGAUCGUAACACACAACGUGAGGUAGAGAUGUUCUUGGUAGCUAUUUCUAAGAACCCGCCAAUCAUGAACCUUGAUGGUUUCACAAAUAUCAACAGGGAAUUGUUUACUGCUAAUAUAUCCUACAUGUCCACUUACUUAAUAGUGUUGAUGCAGUUCAAGUUAACGCUUCUACGACAAGGUGCAAAUAAAUUGAUCAAGACCAUAGUAAGAGCAGUAUUUAACACUACUACUACACUAGCUGAUGUAGAUGAAGAUGAAAUGGAAUAA